GCCAUCGAUUGGUCGCAUCUGACGCCGCUGCUCGAGGCCGAACUACGUGCGCCGGGCGUGCCAGAUGCAUUCGCAGGCGAUGACGUGCCCGUGCCCGUCGUCUCCGUCGAUUCCGGCAGCGUCGCCUCGUGGCCAUUAAAGAUGUCGCACGCCUCGAACUACGCCGCUUCGCCUCCCGGGCUGCUUUCCUCUGGCCUCUCGCGCCUCUCUGCUCUCACGGGCCUGCACUUUGCCUCCUCGAGCUCGACCAGCGCCGAGUCGCUGAUUCGAGGCCGCUGUGUCCUCGUGGGCGACGCGGCACAUACCGUGCAUCCCCUCGCCGGCCAAGGUCUCAAUCUAGGCCUGGCCGAUGCUCGCUGCCUCUCCUCGCACCUCAUCCGCGCCUCGCGCCUCGGCAGCGACCUCGGAGCUCCGCUUGCGCUCGCCGCAUACGAGAAGGAGCGAUGGGCGCCCAACCAGGCAAUGGUGAGCGCCACGGACGCCCUGCACUUUGUGUACGCCUUGGAUCCGAACGAGGAGCGAGGCAUGAAGUGGGCAAAGGAAAUGGCCGUGUGGGCAAGAGCGACGGCGACGGAAGUGCUCAAUGAACUGGGACCUGUCAAGGAGGGCAUUGCGAGCUUUGCGGGAAGCGGCAGACGUCGUUGA